GACAGCCGACCGUGCAAGAUGGCGGAGGUUGUUUUGGUAGAAAGUUAGGGAAAUUCUCUUGGUGACAGCUGAGAUCUGCAGCUUUCACUUUUCAGGUUGUGGUUUUAUCUAAAAUGUUGGCAACUGUGCAAUGGAAGACGAUCCACGAGCAAGAAAAAAGGGCUUCUUCAGCAACCAACUGAACCGUGGUCGGGGCCCCCGCGAGGAGAUGGGCAUGUAUAGCCGACGGGUGCUCAACAGCUACGAUCUCAAACCUCCGGACUACUACGUGAAACCUCAGUAUCUCAUUGAGGAGAAUGUAGAGAAGGUUGUCAAGUAUGCGGGGAUGAUCGAUGGGGUGGUAGCUGACAUCGACAUCACAAACCGAACCGAUGUCCUCCGAGUCAUCGACAAGGGAAAGAAACAAGGCUUCAUCCCACCAAAAGUUGGCUACGAGCAUGAAGCCAUCUUCAGCUUGAGUGUCAACAACAUCAAGAUCAGCCGAUACAACCAGUCAGAGGAUCUGUUGCUAAGGAUACCAAUGCAUGAGAUUGCAGCUGUGUGUUACAUAAAGGAUGAUGGCCAGCAUAUUCUAGCACUCAAACAUGGAACACUUGAGGAGUGCAGUUUGUCUGUUCUCUACUGUGAUACAAAGCAAGCAGCAGAGGAACUGUGUGCUCUGAUUGGCCAGUGUUUCCAGCUGGUGUAUACAGAGGCCACCAUGCAACUGCUGGAUUCUCUACCCCUCAUAGAUCCCUGGAACCACGACCAACACAGCGGAUCAACUGGGGAAACAAUUUCAGAGUCGACUACAGUCUUUCCCUUUGGACAUGGUGCACGUCCUUCAUUUUUAACAUCAUCAAAUCUAGAUCUGCCAACUCGUCAAGAUUCCAUCCCUAGACGAUCACCACGUGGACAAGAGCGGGUGCCGAGUGAGAACAGUACGAGGGGAAGUGAUGUCAGCAUCCCCACCGAUCUGGUCAAAGACUACAUGUUUAAACUGCAUCAAAAACUGAAUCCGGAUGAAUUGCGGCAUUUUGCUGAACUCCUGCGGGACUGGCAUAAUGAACUGCCAAUUGGAGAAUUCUGUGAACAAGUGCUACAACUUUAUGGUGCAGAUAGAAAACAUUUGUUGGCAGAAAUGAGUCCUUUCAUCCCGUCUGCGGACUAUGGUCAGUUUGUGGACUUCCUCCGAAAGAAUGGCAUCAACAUACCUGAGAAUGGAACGCUCUCCAGCUCCAGGAGUAACACAAGAAUGUACACCAGAAGGUCAGUCAGUGAACUGUCAACAGCGAGCACCAUCAGCAAUGGCAACAUUGAUGACGUGGAACAGAUUCUCAACAUGGUCACAGAUCACAUCGCUCGUCUUGAUGCCAGCGUGGAUGUGGAAACCAACCCUGAAAACUUCAUGCAUGGAAUUGAUAAUUAUUGAUGUGCCUUUCAUUUAAUGUUUGAUCAGGUUGAUUCUGGUAGUGAAAUCCAGAAUAUUCCGGUGUUCUUUAAACAUAGGAUCUACAACUACACGCUAAUUAGGGACCAUAUCUGCUUAUAGCUUGAAUCACUGGAAUCCAGACCCUCAAUCAUAGGUUUCUGGCAGACCUAAGGGACAUAACUCCGCAAACUGCAGCACCUUAGACAACCAGCACUUGUGGGCUCACCUCCAGCUUGUAAACAAUGUCAUGCAAAGGUGAAAUUGCAUACGAAAAAUAGAAAGAUGUCUUUUGCUUGUGUUGAGGGUUAGGAAGAAAAAUACUUAAACUCCUUUAAAGCAUUUAGUAACUGAAGCUUGGGGCAAGUUCCUGUGCCUUAUUACUGCCCAAAGGAGAAUUACCUCUGACAGUGCCUGUAGAAUUUAGUCUAAAAUUUCAAGCAGGGUUUCUGAAAAUGUUGUGGAUCUACCAGGCAGAGAUGUCCAAUCUUGUCAGAACUUCUCAUGACAUUCAAAGAAACAGGUGUUUCAAAAAUACCUUUAGAAUCAAACAGACCAUUUUAGUGAUGCUUGUUUUGCUUUAGCAGUUGUUAUGGUAUACUCGUCAACCCAAAAAGUAUGUAUUUGUUUUUCAUGAUUACUUUUUUCAAAAUUGGGAAAGCAUGGCCUACAAGGUUCUUUUUGUUACAUCAUAAUAUAUUUUCUGAAACACAGUAACACAAUUUGUAUCAUCUGUUGAGUCAUAUGUGUUUGAAGAAUAUUUUUUUAAAUGUUACAGUUUAUUCAAAGAUAAAUGAACUUGAAUCAUGACGUCACAGUUACACAACCAUUGCAUAUACAUUACAUGUUAAUACCUGCUGUUGUUGUUUAUUGUACAUAUACAUAUUCAUUAAUGUUUUGUCUAAGACAACACACGCAAUGUAUAUAAACGUAAAAACGUAACGUCAGAUUUAAUCUGGGGAAAUGGGAUGUGAUAGCAUAUUUAUUGUGUGCCUUAGAUCUAUUGACCCGUUUUGCCAUCCAAGCUGAUCAUGUAUGCAUCAGUCAGCAACAUAAGUCACUAGUCCAAAGUGAUACUAGUAAACUAGUCUCAUCAAACUGGCUUAUAUUUGUCCAUAUACUACGGAAGAUACACUGAGAAUGAUACAAAUGUAUCUCUUUAAGCUUGUAGACUCAGAUGUCUUUGGAAAAGAUUGUUCAGGGAUUCAUGUGAAAUUAUUACGGCUCUUCAACAGCAUUGAAAGCAUUGUGUGAAAUAAUUUCAAAAUCUUACUGACCAGGGGUCAGUAUUUUUUACCUAGCUGGCCUUGAAAGUUACUGGCCAACAUCAAGUUUCACUAGCUGGAGUUUGAGGUUGACUUACAUCUACAUAGCAAGGAACAAAUCACCAUUAAAUAUUCACUAGUCAGUUGGGCUAGAGAGAUUUCAGAUUCUCAGUCCAACAAAGUUUACUAGCUGCAGACCAAAAGACAGGUGGCUGUUUUGCACAGUGUCUGAAAGUAUCCGGAGAACCACGGGUGGGUUUGGGUGUGCUGAAAUGGAGAGGGUUCAGGUGUACCAGUAUAGGGUGUGUUUAGGUGUUGGAUUUACAGAUCAAGACACACCAUACGUAUUACGUUGCUGACAUUGUUAUUAGAGCUGUGCUUCUUUCAUCUUAAACAUUGAUGCAUGACAUCAACUACAUUAAUGCAUGCUAUCAAACACAAUGCAUGAUAUCAAUCAUUGUUGUACAUAAGCAUUGUAUAUAUGUUUUAUCUACUUAGUUUUAUCAACACAUUUUAGACUUGUAUACAUGUGCUUAUUGAGUCUCAGUUCUUUUUUAUCCUCAUUUAUAUGGAAGAAAUGUCUCUUUAUCUUUCAAGUAAUGUUAUGCUAAUGUAUCUCUGCGGACAUAUGUUAAGCCUUGUACCAUGUACACCUUGGUUGUGUGAAAAAUAUGUUACACGAUAGGAAAGCUAUUGAUAUGUGGGAUAUGAUGCAUGAUCGGAUAUGUUAUACAUUAAUAUAUACCAGGUAGGAUAUGAUAAAAUAUGUGAAUAUGAUGCAUACGCUAUGUAAUAUGGAACCUGAUGUGAUACAUGGUAUGUCAUACAUGUAAUAUAUGAUAUGAUACAAUAUGAGGAAGCAUAAGUGAUAUAUGCAGUAUGCUUUGUGUUGUAUUGAUGCUUGAGGCAUUUAACUGUUGAAGUAGUUUCAAGCGCUACACAGAAGCAUUACAUAACAUAAUGUAAUUAAUAUCAUUACCUUCCCAUUGUGUUUUAAUGGCAUUAAUUUACAAAAAGACCUGACACCUCUACUGUUUCCUUAGGUUCAGUAGUGAGCUUUAGGAGAAUGGUAAAAGUUUUAACUUAAAUUCAUUUAUUAAUUGUCAUUUUAUUAUGUCCGUUUAAUCAUCAGAGGUGAGUGAGUGAGUAUGGUUUUACGCCGCUUUUAGCAAUAUUUCAGCAAUAUCACAGCAGGGUACACCAGAAAUGGGCUUCACACAUUGUACCCAUGUGGGGAAUCGAACCCGGGUCUUCGGAAUGACGAGCGAAUGCUUUUAACCACUAGGCUGCCCCACAGUCCCCAUCAGUAGUCUAAUGUAGCGGUACUUAUGUCAAUAUUGUUUGAACUUGUCACUUGGCUAUGGACAAUCACAAUGCAUCAACAGUUUGCAAAGAAACACCCCAAAUCAUUGCCAUCUGCUGAAUACUUUAUAUGAAUACUAGUAACUGCAGAAUUUGUUAUAGCAAUUAAUUUAAUGAUACUAAAUAAGUUUUUUAUUUCCUUAGUUGAAUUAUGUUUAAAGAUAUUCUUGCUGUUACUCUGUGAAAUGGCAAAUUGUGAUAAAAACUAAGAUUCUCAAUUGACUGUGUAGUCCGAUGAGUCACUUUCAUAUCUCAAGAAGAUCAAGAUACCUCUUGUUAUCAGAAGCAGAACUAUUUAUGGUGCAUUUAAGGCCAGUAUGAACUGAUUACAGUCAAAAACCAUUGUGUCGAAGAUUAAGGGAUUCAAGUACUUCAAGUGCUCUGAGGUUUUACAUGCCCACAAAAUAAUGACUAAAUAUAGAAUACACAGUUGACGGAUUGGUGUUUGACGCCGCCCUCAGCAAUGUUCCAGCUAUAUGGCAGUGAUCUGUAAAUAUUGGAGUAUUCCAAAAAUAUUUGGCCUAAAGAUACAAAGCCUUAAAGAACUAUUCCAAAA